CUUAGCCUGACCAACCAUGAAGUCUGGUGCCCUCGUGCUCCUUGUGGGGCUGCUCGCCCUCUGGAUUGAGCCAACAUCCACCUCCGAUGAGCAACAUCUAGGUAAGAAAUUGCUUCUCCUCUCCCCUGCCAGAUCCAUUCAUGAAAACAUUUCUCUGGAUAUCAUUUUUUUGUUGUUCAGAAAAGUGCAGGCAACCAAAUGCUACAAGAAGCUGGGGAAGCUCAGGGGAAGAGCACAUGAAUUUCAUGCAGAAGGUGCCCAGUUAAUCCCCACUGGCAUUUCCAGGUCAGGCUGGGAGAGAAACUUCCCAAAGAGCCUCUGCCAGUCAGUUUGCAGAAUAUGAGUUGGAGAUGCCUUCUGAUGACUUUAUUGAGUUUUCAUCCUGAUUACUUGCAGGUAGCUAGGGCAGCUUCUGGAAACUGCAGGGGAGGAAAGGGCUCAUGUGCUUAGAUCCUGCUUGUGGGAAUCUCAGUGAGGCCACUGUGAAAAUAAUAAUAAUAAUAAUAAUAAUAAUAAUAAUAAUAAUAAUAAUUUAUUUAUAUCCCGCCCAGCCACUGGUUUCCCCAGCCACUCUGGGCGGCUUCCAACACAAUAUUAAAAUACAGUAAUGCAUCAAACAUUAAAAGCUUCCCUAAACAGGGCUGCCUUCAGAUGUCUUCUAAAAGUCUGGUAGUUGUUUUUCUCUUUGACAUCUGGUGGGAGGGCGUUCCACAGGGCAGGUGCCACUACUGAGAAGGCCCUCUGCCUGCUUCCCUGUAACUUGGCUUCUCUUAGACAGGGAACCACCAGAAGACCCUCGGAACUGGACCUCAGUGUCCAGGCUGAACAAUGGGGGUGGAGACGCUCCUUCAGGUAUACUGGGCUGAGGCUGUUUAGGGCUUUAAAGGUCAGCACCAACACUUUGAAUUGUGCUUGGAAACGUACUGGGAGCCAAUGAAGAUCUUUCAAGACCAGUGUUAUGUAGUCUCAGUGGCUGCUCCCAGUCACCAGUCUAGCUGCCACAUUCUGGAUUAGUUGUAGUUUCUGGGUCACCUUCAAAGGUAGCCCCACAUAGAGCGCAUUGCAGUAGUCCAAGCGGGAGAUAACCAGAGCAUGCACCACUCUGGCAAGACAGUCCGCGGGCAGGGAGGGUCUCAGCCUGCAUACUAGAUGGAGCUGGUAAACAGCUGCCCUGGACACAGAAUUGACCUGCACCUCCAUGGACAUCUGUGAGUCCAAAAUGACUCCCAGGCUGCGCACCUAGUCCUUCAGGGGCACAGUGACCCCAUUCAGGACCAGGGAGUCCCCCACACCUGCCCGCCUUUCCCCCCAAAACAGUACUUCUGUCUUGUCAGGAUUCAACCUCAAUCCAUUAGCCGCCAUCCAUCCUCCAACUGCCUCCAGACACUCACGCAGGACCUUCACCGCCUUCACUGGUUCCGAUUUGAAAGAGAGGUAGAAGAGGAUGCUGGACCAGGUUGUCCAUUGGCCUGAUCCAGCAGGUUCUUCUGAUGUUCUUAUGGGGUGGGUGGGUGAUCAGGAAAAGCCAGAGGUCCUGGUCUUGAGAAGGGUGAGGGAGCAGAGCCCAUUAUGGAGGGACUUAGCAGGUCCACCCAUUGGCUUUCCUGGGCAAAGGUAAAGCUGGACACUUGCCUCUGCAGGUAGGGCAGAAGGAAAAGACCUCACAAAAUACUAUCAUUGCUGAAUUGGAAGAGUGCCCAAAGGCUCAUGUAGUCCAACCCUCAAUCUCCCCCUUACCAUCUCUUUUUUUUCCAGUGCACCCUGGUGAUUGCCCCCCUGUGCUACAGGUAUCAGUCUUUGCCCGCUGCAAGGACACCUGCCAAGAUGAUCAAGACUGUCUCUUCACCCAGAAGUGCUGCUUCACUGGGCGCGGCAUGGGCUGCGUAGACUCAGGUACUGGCAAAAUCCCUGACCCCUUUGUCCCUGCCCACCCCCCACACCUCUCCUCUCUGGGCAACAGAUGGGGGCAGCAGCCGCAAUGCCAACCUAAGUGCCCUGGGGACUGAGAAGCUCCCCUCAUGGACACCCAUCUGUUCUGCCUCCAACAGUUCUGAGCUACAAGUGCUUCUUCCCGUCCGAUUAUGGAGCAUGCAAUGAAUCCAUCUCCCAUUACUACUACGACCCAUUUGUGGACCAGUGCCUCCAAUUCAACUACAGUGGCUGUGGGGGCAACGACAACAACUUCGAGACAGCAGAGGCCUGUGAGGAAGCCUGCAGCAAAAGCAUCUCAGGUACUGAGUGUGGGACCCACCAGGCGGUCAUUUUUCUGGCUUCAUUGAUUCUGCUUAUACUCUACCUUUUCCUCUGUGCAGCUCAAGGUGGCAUAUGUGGUUCUUCCCCUUUCUCAUUUAAUCUCCACAACAACCCUGUGAGGUAGGCUAGGCUGAGAGGAAGCCACUGGCCCAAGGUCAUCCAGUGAGCCUCAUGGCCAAGUCGGGAUUUGAACCCAGGUCUCUCCCAGGUCUUAGUUCAACACUCUGACCACCAGGCAAUGCACGAGAGCCCCUCUGGAAAGUCCAGCCACACCAUGGCAAUAGGGCAAGUGGAAGAAGCUGGCCAGAAGGGGUCCAGGAUUAGGUAUUCUGCUCUUUUCUUGACAAUCUGUGUGUCUUUACUAAAGGCUUUAUAUGACAUAUGAUGGAGGAGAUGUAGCAACUCCACUAGGAGAAGAGGUAGAAGCAUCUGGGACCUUCGUGGUCAGAGGCUGGAUAUCCUCCUGAAUACCAGUUGCUCCACUGGUCACAGGAGAGGGCUCCUCUUGUGCUCAGAUCCUGGCCUGAUCCAGAGGCUUCUCUUCUGUUCUUCUUAAUAUUAUUACUUUGUGCCAUAUUCUUUGUACGGAUGUUUGUGAAUGUAGUGUUUUGAAAUCACAGGAUAAGAGAUGGUAUCCGAAAUAGGAUGCUAAAACUUUGGAUUCAAAAUCCAACAGUGGAGGAGCCUUGUAAGAAUGCAGGUUGCCUUAGAAAUUCUGACACCCCGAUUCCAAAUUUAUUCUCAGAAUAGGACAUGACAGUUUGGCAGCUGCAGUGUAUUUGACACAUUGCCUUGCAAAUCCCCAGAAUAAGGAGGAUUUGUACAUUACCUUCACAUUUAGUAAUAAGAAAAACAGCCUUUGCAAUGGGCUGACUCCUAUCCUGUACCCAAAACGGUGUCAGUGUAUAUAUCCAUUUCCUGAUCUGCAUCAUUCUGUUUUGAAGAUGAGGUUUAGGGCAAUUGGUGUGUUUUUGCUGACCUCGGAAGGAGGGUUUGGAGUCAGAGCCUUUGGGAAAGGGCUGAGAGGCAAGAGGGCUGCAAAGAUUUGAACCAGCAGCCACACGCAGGUCCCCAAGUUCAGUUCCUGAGCUGGACUGGACCAAAUAGCACAGAAUUCCUCUCUGCCUGGAAGGAGAAGGGUCUGUGAUUCCUUCCCCCUUUAUGAAGGGCUCUGCAUUAUUCCUAUGAAUGCAAGAACAUGAAGUUGGAAUUAAAAACUCUAGCGCCUUUCCUGCCGUAAAAAUGUUGCAGAUAUUAAAUAUUGCACAGUUUGAAGAGACUGAAAGCAUUAGAAGAAAUUCCUUCAGAAAUGAAACAUUGUCUAGGCCCAUAGAAAUAUUAUUCAAACUUUACUUGCAGAACUUUCUUUGAAACAGAAUCAUAUCUGCACAAUGUCUUGCACAGGUUAAGCAUCUUACAAAACUAAGCCUUACAAGGAGCGGAUUAAGGAGCUGGGUAUGUUUAGCCUGGAAAAGAGGAGACUGAGAGAAGAUAGGAUUAAAUUUUAUUAUUACAGACUCGAACCAAAGUCUUUAAGUUACAUUGAAAUAUACUUGGAGCCACGUAGUGAUUUCAUGCUCUUUAUUGCAGGCCAAAAAACAGUGAAUGAAUUUUCCCCAAACCUCAGGCUUUAUAUACAUUAUUUACACAAUGUGUCCCAUCUGAUUGGUUGAUUAUGUUUCUCUCCUGGAGCCUGAUUGGACUGCUGCUGCUGCUGCAGGCCAAUCAGUUGUUGUAUCCUAGUAUCUUACCACCCUAAUAGGCUGAUUAACUUCCUCCUGGGGUCUGAUUGGGCGGCUCCUGCAGGCCAAUGAGGUUGUUGCAUUCUAGGAUCCUACCUGCCUAUUGCUCAAGGAUCCAGGCUUAGUACAUAACAUACAAGAAAGGGAUUUCCAACUAAGCAACAGGAAGAACUUUCUGACAUUAAGAGCUGUUUGUCAGUGGAGCCGUCUCCCUUGGAAGGUUGUGGACUUUCCUUCCUUGGAGGUUUAAAAGCAGAGUUUGGCUGUCUGUCUGUGAGGAAUGUGAUUCCUGGAUUGCAGGGGGUUGAGCUAGAUGACCCCUGAGGGUCCCUUUCAACUCUACAAUUGUAUGAUUCUGUCAGUACUUCUGUCUGCCCUAAGGGCCAAAUGCUCAAUCACUUGGCUGCCUCCCUUUCCCCCUUGUGACUCUUUCUCUUUUCUUGUUUUGCUGCUAUAUUCUUGGCUGGUGUCUUUGUUUGACAAUCCAAGUGAUCCCAGAAGAUGCUCCUACAGCACUUCCCACUGAAAACCCCAUUGAGGAGGACCGAGUUCCUGAACCUGAUUACCAUGAGUGAGAAAUUCCCAGCCUCAGGAACAGACAUCAGUAUGUGGCCAUGCUCCCUCCUUCCAUCUCUGGAGAAGCUGCUGGAAUCCUCUACCCUCAAAUAAAACAUGAGUUUACUUGCA